AUGAGCCACGGGAUACCGAGGUCCACCACCACCAGCCACGACAACAAGAGUGAAGCAGCAAAGGCGAAGGAGCGCAAGCAGAUUGAGAACUACAAGGCCUUGGAGAAGGAUGUGACUGAGCGGAUCCAAGCCCAAGACUUCACCAACCCAACCUUCCAACUCACCUCGACCCUCCUCGCCCAGAACCCCGAAUACUACACCAUCUGGAACCACCGCCGUCUCCUCCUCCAACACGUCUUCGCCCAAGAACUCGCCUCCAACAACGGCCCUCCCUCCAACACCACCUCUCAAGAGCCCGCCCACGAUGCCUCCACCACCACCACCACCACCCCACCUUCAAACACACAGAAAAAAGACACCACCCUGAGCCCCGCCCAACGCGAAAUCUCCCUCCUAAUCAACGAAGACCUCACCUUCCUCCUCCCCCUCCUCAAACAAUACCCCAAAUGCUACUGGAUCUGGAACCACCGCUCCUGGCUACUAUCCCGCACCAGCCGCCACCUGCCCGCCUCUGCCUCUCUCACGUUCUGGCAAGCGGAGCUCUCGCUCAUAGGCAAGAUGCUCGCCUUAGACAGCCGCAAUUUCCACGGCUGGGGAUACCGGCGCAUCGUCGUGCAGGAGAUCGAACGCCUUAGCUCUCGUGGUGAAGAGGAGGGAGGAGGCAGUAUGGUGGAAGCGGAAUUCGAGUACACAACCAAAAUGAUCCACACCAACCUGUCCAACUUCUCCGCUUGGCACUACCGCGGCACGCUCAUCCCGCGCCUGCUCUCCUCCCGCGCCGCCUCGUCCUCCGCGCGACAAGACUUCUUCGACGACGAACUCGCCCUGAUCACGCAAGCACUGUACACGGACCCGUACGACCAGAGCCUGUGGUUCUACCACCAAUUCCUCAUGUCCACGCUCGAUGCCAGCAAUCCCCAAGCAGGCGUGAUCUUGGACCCUGUGGACGAUGGAGUGAGGAGGCGGUAUUUGGAGCAGGAGUUGGAGAGUGUGAGGGAGAUGGUGGAGGGGGCGGAGGAUUGCAAGUACGUGUAUCAGGCUCUGCUGGAGUACGCGCGGAGGUUGCGGGAGGUGGGUGGGACGGUGGGGAGGGAGGAGAUGAGGGGGUGGUUGCGGGAGUUGAGGGGGUUGGAUCCGUUGAGGGAGGGGAGGUGGAUGGAUUUGGAGGGGAAGUUGGGGUUGUGA